AUGUCUCGAGAAAAUACGCCCGUUUCUCCUCAACCAGAUCAUUACAAAUACAACUCAUUCAACAGAGGUGAAAACAGCGUGCGUUCGGUGGAUUCCACCUCCAAUCUUUACCGAGCUCCCUUGCCACAGCCCUACCACCAUCCCACUCGGCACGCUACCAUGUGGGAUUUGAAUGAAUCACAGAGACACCAGCACCAAGGCAUACGUCGAGGAUCCGAGCAAGUGCUGCAACGAUCAUUGGCUGCGAGCAAUCUCUUCCCAUUUCAGCCUAUUACAGGUUUCGAUCCGUUGAUUCCAUCCAAUGAUAACAAUACAGUACAACAGAUUUUCAUUGCUGAGCCAGACGAAGAUCCAAUGCAACAUCUGGUCGUUGUGCCUCUGGGCAAAACAGGGGCAGGUAAAUCAAGCCUUUUGAAUUUGAUCUUGGGCUAUGAUGAGUUCAAGGCAAAAGCUGCUGCCAAAUCUGUCACUGACUGCAUUACCGAGAGAACAGGCGUCUGGGCGAUCGAUCAAAUAGAGACCAUUAUCACUGUGGCUGAUACGCCUGGAUUUGCAGAUACCAUGCAGAGAGACGCCGAGUUUUUAAAGGUGUUUCAAGAUUACAUACUCGAUCUCGGCGGUCGAUUAGGCAUUGAUGCGUUUCUGCUGGUAUUUCAGUGCGAUUCAGCAACAAACAACAUCAUGUCUAUUCUUGACCAUUUCAACAGUAUGAUGCAACAGUUUCAGCCAAACACAUGGUGGAAUCAUGUCAUGCUGGUAUUCACUCGAGUUGACUAUUAUCCCAAUCUCAAGUUCCCGCCGAAUAUUCUCAGCAAGAAACAGAGCAUAACUGAAACACUGAUACCAGACAUACAGAAAAAGUUUAAUUUGCAUUCGCCUCCAAAAUAUGCCUUUAUUAGCAGUAAAGCACCUAAUUGCUCCUUUUCCAAAAAGGGUCAAUGCGAUUGCUUUGCUGCUUCCAAGUACCACUUGGAUCAAAUGAGGACCUUGAAAUCUAGGAUCAAUUCUAUUCUAUCAGACAAUGGGGGUAGAUGGAUACCAUCUGUACAAUAA